UAGAAAUACAGGGUUUAUUUUUAAAAUAUUCGUCCAAACAAAAACAGCUUAGUUUACAUCUGCUUCGAAAACUACAACAAAUAAACAAGCAUUUUGGAUUGUUAAUUUGGUAAUUCAUAAACCUCGAUAUAAGAUCUCCAUCGGGGUCAUCAUAGAAUCAAAGAUAGCUAUAGGAAUUUCCCGCCUAAUUAGCUGCGUCUGAAUUUGAUUGAUGAAAUUGCAAAAUGCCAAUUGCGAUUUUUAAGUCAGUACGCGAAGUAAGCAGUGAAGAUGGGGUUCACGUGGCGAAUAAUUUGCUGAAGGAGAAUGCCGGCAAAAAGUGGCGGACCAAAUCGCCGGGCGAAAAGUCGGCCUAUGUGAUCCUGGAGUUUCAGGAUCCCCAGCAAAUUACCGGCAUCGAUAUUGGCAACGAACAUGCCGCCUUUAUAGAGGUGCUGGUCAGCCGGACGGGCUGUCAGGCGGAUGAUUUUAAGGAACUCCUGUUGUCCAGUUCGUUUAUGACCCCGAUUGAGAGCAAGAAUUCGAGUAACCAAAACCGGGUUCGCUGUUUCAGCGGUCCUGCUUUGUCGGAAAUUGUCCUGCCGGAAAAGUGGAAGCUGCUGAAGAUAGUCUGCACGCAGCCUUUCAAUCGACACGUCCAAUACGGGCUAUCCUUCGUUAAGGUUCAUGUUUUGGGAGCUCCGGCUAACGUAGCUGCUCCUCCGAAGGUCAAGUCCCUGCUGCCACAUGGAAUGAUGCAGUUCGGGGCUUUUAAGCUGCGCGAAGAAUCUCCGGACUCGGAAACCGACAAUCAGGUCACUAGAUUUCAACGCUGGAAGAAGGAAACACAACAUCAAUCUUCUGCUGCUGUCUCCACAGCGGCAGCUAUUCGAGAUGCGGGCUCUAAUGUCUUGAGAAGAUUAAGCACUGGCAAGGCUUCCAGCUUGGCUGCAUCGCCCUCUGCAUCGCCCAAGCCAUCGCCUAAGCCAUCGCCUUCACCAUCACCAGUUCCAAAUGCCCUGCGAUCAGGCUCUCCUUCUCCUUCAGAUAGCAAACCCCUGGAUCGCAACCGAGCUUCCCUGUUGUUUGGUGAUGACGACGAGAAUGAGGCUGCUGUUGAGGAGAAUGCCAAGAAGAAACGGUUGAGCAAGCAUAUCGAGGCGGACAAGGAGCGACGGCGAUUGGAGCAGGAAAAGGAAAAGGAUCGCAAGAAGAACAACAGCAGGCAUUCACUGGAUAAGUCAACCAGCAAAGAAGAGAAAUCGUCCUCUAAAGAAGAGAAAUCCUUCUCUAAGGAACACAAAUCUCAUAAAGAAGAUAAAAUAAAGUCAAAAGAGGACAAAUCCUCCCCAAAACUAAAACAUUCAUCAAAAAAAGAGGAAAAGUCCUAUGAAAAAGAGGACAAAUCAGCCAGAAAGGAGGGCAAAUCUUCUUCUAAGCACGAAAACGGGGAUCUGGACACAUCAAAGCACCAGAAUACAUGGAAAGGAAAGGAUAGUCCUCGUCCAUCUGCACAAAAGCGUCAUUCAUCACCUACUGCAAGCGCUGCUACGCCUGCCAAAAAGCAAAAGGUUAAAGACGCACCAAUCCAAUAUCGUCCCUUUAAUCAGCUGCUACAAGGAGUAUAUCUGGUCAUUAGUGGCAUUCAGAAUCCCGAUCGUGCAGACUUGCGUUCGAAAGCCACAGCCUUGGGUGCCAAGUAUAAAGCUGAUUGGGAGCCAGGAUGCACUCAUCUCAUAUGUGCCUUCAAAAACACUCCAAAGUAUAAUCAAGUGAAGGGCAAGGGCAAGAUUGUAACCCGAAGUUGGAUCGAUAAAUGCUUUGAACUGAAGAAGUAUCUCCCCUGGCGACGAUACGCUCUAAAUACCACAGAUCUUGGCCAGCCGGAGAGUGAUGAAGAGGUGUGCGAUGAGGCGAUUAAGCCAAAUGCACGACGCGAGUCCAGCGAGAAUGAUGUGGAAAUGCUGGAAGACAUCCAGGUGAAGAAAACCUAUGAUGCAGAUCCAAAGGAUAACAAAACAGGUGAUCUGAAUCCAGAGGCUUCAUCGGGUAUCGAUACGGAAGAUGAAUUGGAGCGGGUGACUCAAGAAAACCGCAAUAAGAAGAUCAAACACAAAACUACGGUGACGGAAAAAGCGCGAGAUGUCUACGAUGCUAGCACAGAUGAAGAGGAUUAUCUGGAACUGAAGAAAAAGCAGAUAGCUGCUGUCGAUUGAACGCCAUUUCUAAUCUCGAAAUUUUUCAUAUACCUAUAUAUGUUUAAAUAGUGUGUAAGUCAAUCUUGAACUCUGGCAAGAACAUUUUUUGACAUUUGUGUGAAACCGCUAUUUAAAAUUAAAUAUUUGGAAACACUACUUAAAACUAAAAUACGACGAAUACAAAAUGUGUUCUUUAAACAUUUUUAAUAAAAGUAUUUUUUUGUUGACCAUAUUCAAUAAAAAUAAAAUAACUACA